GUGCCGAGUGGGGACAGUCGCGGCAGGGUCGCGUCCAGGGGCUCCCAUCACGUGGUGAAGGCGGCGCUGCCUCCCUUCCCGCUGUGGGCAGCCCCGCGGUGAGAGUGCAGCCCCCGCGGGGUGAGGCCUCUCCUGGGGCGACGGGGGCGCUGGAGCCUGGCCCUUCCCUGCGCAGCCCUGGGGCAGCCUGAAGUGAAGCCGGGGAGCAGACGCAGGAGGCCUGCGGGCAGGACAAGUCCCUCGUGUGGUCCAGGUCGGGACCAGGGGCGCGGUCGGUCUGCAUCACAGGCGGUAAAGCAGCAGCUGCAGGAGGCACCAGUCCAACAUCAGGAGCUGCAGGGGCGGGAGGCGAUGCAGGCCGUGCAGCCCCCUUCGGAGGCCAAGAUGCCCUUGGAGACCCCUCAGCUGGCAGCGGGGGACGACCUCCCCACCCCAGAGACCUGGCGCCAGCGCUUCCGGGGCCUUCGCUACCUGGAAGGCGCGGGGCCGUGGGAGGUGUGCAGCCGCCUGUGGGAGCUGUGCCAGCGCUGGCUGGAGCCCCAGCGCCGCAGCAAGGAGCAGAUCCUGGAGCUGGUGGUGCUGGAGCAGUUCCUGGCCAUCCUGCCCCAGGAGAUGCAGAGCUGGGAGUGGAGGUGCGGCGUGGAGACCUGUGCGGAUGCCGUGGCCCUGGCCGAGGGGUUCCAGCUGGGGCAGGACGAGGACGAAAAUCUCCAGAUCACAACGAGUGUGAAGAUCAGGGCGGUAUCCUCAUACAAGGUGCAGCCCACUGGGGCACGGCGGGACCCUGGUGAUUCCUGGCUGGAGCCGCCAAAGGCCCAUCAUGGGAACAGGCCCCUGGAGGAGGCAGGACAGGGGGAAACCCCAGAGCAUGGGGACAAGCCACCUCUCGUCUCCAGAGAGGAGCCCUUACCCCACCAGGAGUCAGAUUCCCCUGAAACCGAGGAGACCUGGGAGUUGUCAGAUGAAAGCUCCUCGGGCUGGUGCCCCAGACGAGGCCCUUCCUCAGGUGCAGGUGCUGGGACCCUGAGCAGAGUUGAGCAGCAGCAGCUUCCUGAGGAGGGACCUGUAAACCUGGAACUGCAGAGGACUUCCCCAGGAAGACUGGGGGAGAGGAGCUCCCUGACACCUGAGCCAGGCCAAGUGCAGAAGGGGCAGAGCAGGUCCCCAAAGCAGGAGGAGAGCUUGGAGCUCCAGGAGGUGUUUGAGGACAUGGCUGUGUAUUUCACACGGAAGGAGUGGGAGCUCCUAGAAGAUGAAGACAAGGUGCUUUACCGGGAUGAGAUGCUGAAGAAUUACCAAGCCCUCGUUUCCCUGGGAUAUCGAGGUCCCACACCUGCUUUAAUCUGCAGCAUCCAGCAAGGGCAGGUGGAGCUCUGGGUUUGUGAUGAUGAGGACAGUGGGGAAAUCUCAAGAUCACAGGACCUGCUGCCAGGAGGUGUCUGGAUGCUGAGCAGAGCUGAGGAGCAGCCUACUGCAGAAGGGUCUGCAGAUCUGGAGCCAGCACAGGCUUCUCCAGGGAGUUUGGGUGAGAUGGACUCCCUGAGACCUGAGAAGGAGCAAUGGCACAAGAGUCAGGGGAGGCUCCAAAAGCAGAAGGAGAAUGUAGCAAUGAACCAGCACAGGCACAUCCACCAGGGCAGGAAGACAUGCUGCUGCACUGAGUGCAAGAAGAACUUCAUCUGCUGGCAAGACCUAUCCCAGCAUCAGAGUGUGUGGCACCAUUGCACCAAGCGUGGGAAGAGAUUAAGGCAGCUCUCCAACCUGGCCAGGCACUGGUACAUGCACACAAGGAAGAAGUCACAUCAGUGCUCGGAGUGUGGGAAGAGCUUCAUCCUGUCAUCCAACCUGACUAAACACCGGCUCAUCCACACAGGGGAGAAACCACAUCAGUGCUUGGAGUGUGGGAAAAGCUUCAAGCAGUCUUCUGACUUGGCCCGGCACCAGAUUAUCCACACAGGAGAGAAACCAUAUCAUUGCUUCGAAUGUGGGAAAAGCUUCAACCGAUCCUGUAACCUGACCCAGCACCAGCUGAUCCACACAGGGAAGAAGCCAUAUCAGUGCUCAGAAUGUGGGAAAAGCUUCAACCGAUCCUGUAACCUGGCCCAACACCAGCUGAUCCACACAGGGAAGAAGCCACAUCAGUGCUCGGAAUGUGGGAAAAGCUUCGACCGAUCCUCCAGCCUGGCCCAGCACCAGCUGAUCCACACAGGGGAGAAGUCACAUCAGUGCUCGGAGUGUGGGGAGAGCUUCACCACAUCCUUCUACCUGACCAAACACCAGUUCGUCCACACAGGGGAGAAAACACAUUGGUGCUCAGAGUGUGGGAAAAGCUUCAAGCAAUCCUCUGACCUGGCCCGGCACCAGAUCAUCCACACGGGGGAGAAGCCACAUCAGUGCUCUGUGUGUGGGAAAAGCUUCAACCGAUCCUGUAACCUGGCCCAGCAUCAGAUGAUCCACACAGGGAAGAGGCCACAUCAGUGCUCGGAAUGUGAGAAAAGCUUCACCCGAUCCUCCAGCCUGGCCCGGCACCAUCUUAUGCACAUGGGGGAGAAAUUACAUCAGUGCUUGGAGUGUGGGAAGAGCUUCAUCCUGUUGUCCAACCUGACCAAACACCGGCUCAUCCACACUGGGGAGAGACCACACUGGUGCUCGGAGUGUGGGAAAAGCUUCAACCAGUCCUCUGACCUGGCCCGGCACCAGGUUAUUCAUACGGGGGAGAAAACAUAUCAUUGCUUGGAGUGUGGGAAAAGCUUCAAACAGUCCUCUGACCUGGCCCGGCACCAGGUUAUUCAUACGGGGGAGAAAACAUAUCAUUGCUUGGAGUGUGGGAAAAGCUUCAACCGAUCCUGUAACCUGGCCCAGCACCAGCUGAUCCAUACAGGGGAGAAGCCGCAUCAGUGCUCAGAAUGUGGGAAAAGCUUCAACCGAUCCUUCAGCCUGGCCCAGCACCAGCGUAUCCACAUGGGGGAAAAGUCAUAUCAGUGUUUGGAGUGUGGGAAGUGCUUCACCACAUCCUCCUACCUGUCCAGACACCAGGUUAUCCACAUGGGGGAGAAACCACAUCGGUGCUCGGAGUGUGGGAAAAGCUUCAAGCAGUACUCUGACCUGGCAGGGCACCAGGGUAUCCACACAGGAGAGAAACCAUAUCAUUGCUUGGAGUGUGGGAAAAGCUUCAACCGAUCCUCUCACCUGGCCCGGCAUCAUCUUAUCCACAUGGGGGAGAAACCACAUCGGUGCUCGGAGUGUGCGAAAAGCUUCAAGCAAUUCUCCGACCUGGCCCAACACCAGACUAUCCACUUGGGGGAGAAGCUACAUCAGUGCUCAGAGUGUGGGAAGUGCUUCCUCCACUCCUCCAAACUGGCCCAGCAUCAGUGCAUUCAUAUCCAGGAGUGUCCAUAAUUCUGCCAGCAACACAGGAAGGGAUUGAGGAUGUAUACCUGCUCAGCAUCCACCAGUGUAUAUAUCCAGGGAAGCAGUCUCAUGCUCGUGCAUUGCAGCAACAGUUCACUCUUCUUUCAGCCCUGCCAGGGCACUGUAGAACCCAAAAGGCACAGAGGUUGGCCUCCCAGGUUCGAUGCAGGUGAAGGGUUAAGAGGCAACACCUCAGGCAGAGACCAGCCCAGAUGCUGGGGGAACCUGAGAGAUGAUCUUUGCAUCAGCCUUGAAGCCUGGGCCAUCCCCAUCGUUCUCUAAAAGCAGUCAGUGCUCCCAUGGGGAGAAGAAAUGCCUUCGCAAUUGGUGUCCUCCCCAGGACAGCUGGCUCCAAAUGACACUCGGGGACUUGUCUUUGGCCCAGCUCCGACUUCCCUCCUGGUCCCAAGAUUCUUGUUUGUGAGGCUCUAGAGUUGCAAGGAGGACAUUUAUUCCUAGGGAAUCGUUCCCUGCCUUCCACCGUAACCAUGCCUUUCCUCCCCACUGCAUCACCCCUUUCCCAGGCCUGCACAUGCUGAUGGGGGUCUUCAAGAAACUUCUACUGCCACCCCAUGGAGAAGAGAGUGGGGUGUUACAAAAGUAGAUGCAUCAGCAUAUGUUGUCAGGGCCCUGAACAGGGUUGAAUAGGAGCAUAGGGAGGCCCCUAAGUCCACUAAGGCCCUCACUAGCCAAAAUGGGUCAUGCCCCAUGUGGAGUACAGCCAGCCUCAUUUGCUGCAAAGAGAAAGGCCAAAUGUCUGCUUCUCUCCCAGAGCAGCUCCAUCAAGUAAAUGGGAACAUGGGAGAGUCCAACUGAGACCCUGCUGAUGAAGUUAGGCCUCCACUUACACCCAUGGCCACAGCCAUAGAUUCAUAGAUGUUAGGGUCGGAAGGGACCUCAAUAGAUCAUCGAGUCCGACCCCCUGCAUAGGCAGGAACGAGUGCUGGGUCUAGAUGACCCCUGCCCGAUGCUUAUCCAACCUCCU